AAACCUGCUCCGAAGGCCGAAGCCUGUGCUGUGUGCUGGGAGAAGCGGAAGCCAUAAAGAACGGCCUUGAAAUUAGUGUCGACUGCUUUAGCGCACAACGGAAAACCAAACCAGCAAAACAAACCAAAACAAGUCGUUGAUUGAGCCAAAUUGUGUGCGCGACGCUUGAUAUUGAUCAAGAAAAGUGACGAAAUUGUGUCAUCUAGUCUUGAAUAUUACCUCCAUAUUGUGUGUUGUCUUUAAACCUAGCUGAUGUUGGUCGUCUAAUUUGAUCUGCCCGCUAUGUCGACUAGUUCUAAUAGUUCGUCUUCUAGGGAUUUUACAGAUCAUCUAAAUGUCCACAAGCUUCUCCUACGCCAUGCCAGUCAAAACUCUCUCGAUGAAAGCUCUCAGAAAGAAUCUGCCCAGUCUUCUCCUGAGAGGCCAUCUUAUCGCAAUUCAGAUCACUUUUCAAAAUCAUUUGCGAAAUUCAACAUGAUGAGAAAAGACAAAUUUCUUUGUGAUGUUGUCCUUAUAACCACAAAUCAAGAAGAAUUCCCUGCUCAUAGAGCAGUUUUAGCUUCUUGCAGUCCUUACUUUCAUGCAAUGUUUAGUUGCUUUGAAGAAAGUAAUCAGAACAGAAUUGUUCUCCAAGAUGUGGAUCCCAAGGCCCUUGGACUCCUGCUAGAAUAUGUUUAUUCUUCUGAAAUUCAAGUCAAUGAAGAUAAUGUUCAGAUCUUGCUGCCGGCCGCGAAUCUUUUGCAAAUGUUUGAUGUCAAAGAAGCUUGUAGUGAAUUUCUUGUCACUCAAUUGCAUCCCUCCAACUGUCUUGGAAUCCGAGCGUUCGCUGAUCUCCAUGGCUGCAUAGAUCUAUUGAAUUUAGCUGACAAAUAUACUUCCCAACACUUUAGUGACGUAGUAGACGGAGAAGAAUUCACCAGUCUAAACUGCCAAGAUGUGAUACGUAUUAUUAGUAGUGACAAGUUGACAGUACCUUCGGAAGAAAAGGUAUACGAAGCUGUCAUGAACUGGGUGAAUGCCGACAUCGCUAGUAGAAAUUCAGAAUUACCUGCCCUUAUGGAAUAUGUUCGUCUUCCCCUCCUCUCCCAAGACUACCUUUUGCAACAUGUCGAGACCAACACUUUGAUGCGAUCCAAUGCUCAUUGCAAAGAUUUGUUGAUUGAAGCUCUUAAGUAUCAUCUGCUCAAAGCUGAUCAAAAGCGGAUUUAUCAAACUUCUAGAACUCGUCCAAGAUUACCAAUCGGCUUGCCGAAACUUCUUCUCGUCGUUGGUGGCCAAAGUCCGAAAGCAAUUCGCGGAGUUGAGUGCUACGAUUUCGAAACCGAGAAAUGGAAUCAAUUGGCGGAAAUGCCCACUAGACGUUGCAGAGCGGGUUUGGCAUCUGUUUGUGGACGCAUUUAUGCAAUUGGUGGAUUCAACGGAUCCCUACGAGUGCGCACAGUUGAUCUCUAUGAGCCAAAUUUGGAUCAGUGGUUUCCAGCUCCUGACAUGGAGACGCGCAGAUCUACCUUGGGUGUCGCCGUUUUGAAUAAUUUCAUCUAUGCUGUCGGAGGAUUUGAUGGAUCGACUGGCCUGAUGUCUGCUGAGAAAUUCGACCCGGCAACGCAAGAAUGGCGUGCAAUAGCUUCCAUGAAUACAAGGCGCAGCAGCGUUGGCGUCGGUGUUUUGAAUGGUCUCUUGUAUGCGGUUGGUGGAUACGAUGGGGCUUCGAGGCAUUGCCUGUCAUCGGUUGAAUGCUACAACACUGAAACCGAUUCUUGGAACUUAGUUGGGGAAAUGGCCUGCCGACGUAGCGGAGCUGGUGUGGGGGUAUUGAACGGCUUUCUCUAUGCCAUUGGUGGUCACGAUGGACCCAUGGUUCGACGUUCAGUUGAAAAAUUCGAUUCUGCAACGAAAUCGUGGACAUCUGCAGCGGAUAUGUCGCUGUGUCGGAGAAAUGCGGGUGUGGUGACUCACGAUGGUCUAAUCUACGUCGUUGGAGGUGAUGAUGGAACGACAAAUUUAAACUCGGUCGAAGUUUACGACCCCACAGCCAAUACUUGGUCAAUGUUACCUGCAUGUAUGGGUAUCGGACGCAGUUAUGCUGGAAUAGCCAUCAUUAACCGGCCUUCAUGAAUGUUCAAGAAAAAGAGCUCUUGUCCUAAAUUUUUCAUUAUGUUCAUUUUUAAUUCGCCAAUCAUGUUGGGACAGCAGUGCGGCUGCCUUUUCUAUCGCUGCUUUUAGAUCCAUACGAUGUUCGAAUGGUAAUCUCGUAAUUUUUUUAUUAUUUAUGUUGCCAAAAAUCCUAGGGUUUGGGGUUGUCUUGCAAAACAAACACUACCUACUUUCGAUGUGAAACAAUCGAAUAAAAAAAACAUCGCGUACAUUAACGAAUUAUUUUUGUGUUCCUUGUAUCCAACCGUACGAAAAAUAGUUUUUGAAUACAUCGUGGUUAUUCAAG